AUGGAGGUUGAGGCAGAGGUUACGGCUUCUGUUCUUGGGGAGACUGAGCCCCUGGAGACCAGUGGCAGUGUAUGUGGCAGCUGUCAUUGGCUUGAUGGGGAUGGAAUUUGGCGUAAGGGGAGUGUGCCGGAUGCGGAACAAUGGGAUGUGGUUACCGGUGGUAAGCUGGAGACCAAAAAGCCCGCUGAGGAUGAAAAGCAUGCCGGGACAAUCUCAAAGCUCUCUUUGCCAGGUGUUACUGCUCGGUCACCGCCCUCGGAGUCCUCUUCUUCCUUGGUGGUGACACCACCUCCCAAAGGCUUGCCAUAUUCUCCCCAGAGUGAGGCAAAGAAACGUGGGAAGCACUACUUCGUAAAAGACAGGGCCUAUGGGUAUCGCUGCCUGAAUUGCGAUUGUGCAAGCAUGGACCUAGAGGUUCUGAAGGGCAUUGAGUGCCAGCCGCCAAAGGGUUCCGAGGCGAGGGUUCAUGCAGCUGAUGAAGCUGAGCUUGAGUUGGCGAAGCUACGAGACCUCGAAGCCGAGGGCCUUCAGCUUGAGGAGCUGCUUCUUCACGAACAACGACAACUUGAAGAAAUGAUGAUGCAAGCCGAGAUAGAAGAACUGCAGAAACAGCUAGCCAUAGAAGAACAGCAGUUAUACGAGGCUAAAGUUCGCAGCCUAGAGGAUGCAGCACGUGAAGCAGCCGCAGCAGCAGGAGUACAUGCGCAGCAAGUUGAGCCGACCGCAGCAAGGGAUGCAAACGAGGUUCAGGCGCCAGCAGCAAGGGAUGCAAUCGAAGUUGAGGCACCAGCAAGGGAUGCAAAGCAGGUUGAGGCACCAGCAGCAAGGGAUGCAAAGGAGGUUGAAGCACCAGCAGCAAGGGAUGCAAAGGAGGUUGAGGCACCAGCAGCAAGGGAUGCAAAGGAGGUUGAGGCACCAGCAGCAAGGGAUGCAAAGCGGCCUCGCACUUCUACCGUAUGCUGUGAAUCAAGCUCCACACCCAACCCGCUGAGUUCUGGGGACCCCGAAAGCUUAGCAAAGAAUGCGCUGCUUGGUGCACCUUGCUUGCCCUCGGCUACAGGACCUGACUGCUUGGAGACAGUGCCCUGGAACUUCGACGACACCGGCCUGGAGGAUGUCAACGUAGGUGAGCCGCACCACCUGAUCAGUGAGGAGCCGUCUGAGCAUGGUGAGGGCGACAAGGAGCCGGUGUCGCCCAAGUCUGCAAAGCAGGAAGAUCUGUUGCCUGCUUGCCCAGACACUUCCAAGGCUGAGCCAUUGUCUCCGGCUGAGCAGACUCAGCUGAGUGGGGCAAGGGGUAAAGCCAAUGGUAAAGCCAGAGCCAGGUGCCCCAGGAAGGCAGCUGGUGAUGAUGAUGAUGAGGGGGGGCUCGGUGAAUCCGAGCCAAAAGAUGCAGUCUUGAAGCGACCCGCAGCCCGAUCUCGAGGUGGCCGUGGACGUGGCCGCACUCCCGGGGCCAAGGGGGGCGGCCGGGGACGGGGACGGGGACGGGGAUGUAAGCGACCUGAAUCCCCGCCUCCGAGUGAUCACGAUGAUGAUGAUGCCGAUGCCAGUGGUGCAGAGGAGGAAGAGAAGGAAGAGGAGGAGGAUGAAUCCCAGGAUGAAGCUCCGCCCUGCAAGCACAACGCGCGAACCAAGAAGCCGGCACCGAAGGAAAAGGAGGAGGAGGAUGCACCAUCCCCCAAGAAAAGGGGGCCGAAAAGGAAGCGGGCACCGAUCGAAAAGGAGCAGGAGGAUGAAGCACCGUCCCCCAAAAAGAAGCGGGCAUCGCCCAAGAGCAGAGGAUGCCUCGACCUCGAACUCGCGAUCGUGUCCAAGGAUGGCAAGUCCGAGCCUCCCGAGCAGGUUCUCUUGCUCCGGUGGAUGACGACGUUGUCCUUCGAUGAAACGUACGAGUUCUUCGAGCUCUUCUCUGGAGAAGGGAAGGUUACCCAAUUCUGGCAUGAUGAGGGGUUUACCACUGCAAGCUUCGACAAACUCUACGGCGACCCUUUAAACUUCCUUCAAAACCAGGGCUUCGCGAUUGCCUGCUGGGUUGUGCUCAACGAGUGUCCCGACGCCUUCAACCUCAUCGGCCCUGAUUGUUCCAGCUGGGGCCUGCCAGCGAGGGGGACAAGUAUGAGGUCAAGCAUCAAUCCGUUUGGGAGGAUGGGUAUUGCUUGGGUCUCUUCGAACUACUGCCUGGUGAGCAGGCUUGUUCUCCUCCUCCUGCUGGUCAUGGCUAAGCAGUGCACAUGGGUGGUAGAACAGCCCCACCAGUCAUUAUUGAAGACCCACAAACGCUGGGACUGGAUGUGCAACCAGGUUGUGCGAGUUUUCCAGCAACGCUUUUGGAUGAUGUUGCACGGUGCCGCCAGCCCCAAGCCUACCAUUGUGUUUUCUCCUAUGGCUACCAUAUCCCAAUUGGACCUUGGCCGCCUUACCAGAGCCGAGAAACAGAAGCGCCAGAAGCUGACCACAGUCCGCACCAUAGCUUAA